GAAAAUAGUGAGCAAAUAUGAAUUUUGAUAACCAAACCACCAGGUUCAGCAUCCUAAAGAAAGUUGGAGGUAAACUCAAGCAGAGCGCGAGCAAUAAUAUGAGAAUUCAAGAUAAUUCACAGACUUUGAAUGGCGACCUUGUUGAGGUCAAAAGUCCAAAAAAGUCGAGAUUUGGACAUAAAUAUCAGAAGGUCAAGGCUAGGUUCUUAGCAGGGAUUUAUCAGAAAUAAACCCCGUAUAAAAUUCAAUUCGAUGGCUAAGAGAGAAAAGAGUAACGACUACCGCUUUUCGGUUGGUAGUAGACCCUCACCUAUAUUGGAUGAGAGCCAGACCUCUUUCUAUAACAAUAUGUGGGACAGCUUCUGUGAAGAUAUCUGACCGAGAGAGUCCAACCGAUUCUCCAAAGUUAUCACAGAAAUGCUCAGUGGCUUAAAGGAGGGCAAAGAGAAAUUCCAGCCUUAUAAGCAUAAUUUAGGAAACCUAGAGGGCGUGCUUUUCUCCCCAUCUCGGAUAAAGCCGAUUCUAAACAGAAAGAAUGAGGAUAAAGAUCAGAAGAGAUCGGCAUAUACCAGCCUUAUAUCCAGGAGGAACACUAAUUUUAAGAACAGGUUGAAUUUGUACAAACCGAAGAGCAAGGCCCAAGUCAUAAAGACUUAUCCUUCGUUUGAUAACAGGAUCGAAGGCCUAGAAAAAAUUCCUUGUGAAUUCCCAGAUACUCCAUGCAUUGCUUCAAAGAGGCCUUCAUUCCAAGCACGAGGGAUGCCCAACUCCCUCAGAAGGUUCACAAUGGGGAAGCAUCGUCCAGGUGUGAACUCAAGAAGAAUAUCAAUCUCGAACUCUCCGAUCAAGAUGUCUUUGCCCAAGGCACGCUCGCUCAGCAAGAAGGAGAACUUCUCCAUUUAUAAGAUCAGAGAAGACCGGUCUAUUGCGAAGAGCAACUUUUUCUUCAAGUCUUAGUAUAGCCAACCAUCAAUCUUCUUGAUUAACUCU